CUCUCUCUCUCUCUCUCACUGUGUGUGUUGUGUGUGUUUUUGUCUCUCUGUCCGUCCCCAUUUUCUCUCUCUUCCAUCACUCUACAUAAAUUCCCACUGAACCCUACUCUUUUUUUUCUUCUCUCCUUCCUCAAUCCACUCACCCACAAGUCAGUGAAUACAGUUUCUUGUUCUCCAAAACCCCUACACAACAAAUACCCUUUUUUUCUCUCUCCUCUUUCUUCAAGUAAACCUUUUCACAUUUUCUCUUGCCCCGUGUUAAUUUCUCUGUCGAUUUCACCAUUUUUUUAAAAGGGUCUGACUCUGAUGAGAUAAAGAGCAACAAAGAAAAUUUGCAAAAGGGAUUCGAAAUUUUCCGACAAUGAUUAACGUGAUGCAUUCUGCGAACAAGCCCAUGAAUCAGGUGGAGAAAAUCUUGGAUCCACAGCUAUGGCAAGCCUGCGCCGGCGGUAUGGCACAAAUCCCACCGCCGAAUUCGAAGGUAUAUUAUUUCCCACAGGGGCAUUCCGAACACGCUAAUAGACACGUGGAUUUUAAUGGGUUUUCAAGAAUUCCACCUAUUAUACCUUGUCGAGUUUCCGCCAUUAAGUAUUUGGCCGAUUCCGACAGCGAUGAAGUUUAUGCUAAAAUCAGAUUAGUCCCACUAAGUAUGAGUGAUUAUGAUGCUAAUGACGAUAAUAAUGAUGAUAAUGAGAAUGGGUUCUUGGGUUUUGACAAGUGUGAUGAGAAGGAGAAAACCACGAAUUCGUUCGCGAAGACGCUGACGCAGUCCGAUGCGAACAACGGCGGUGGGUUUUCGGUUCCGAGGUACUGCGCCGAGACGAUUUUCCCGAGGCUGGAUUACUCCGCCGAGCCGCCGGUUCAGACGAUCUUGGUUAAGGAUGUUCACGGCGAGGUUUGGAAGUUUCGCCAUAUUUACAGGGGUACCCCUCGCCGGCACCUGUUGACCACCGGGUGGAGCAAUUUCGUGAACCGUAAGAAGGUUGUGGCGGGGGAUUCGAUCGUUUUCUUGAGGGCGGAGAACGGGGAUUUGUGCGUGGGGAUAAGGAGGGCGAAACGGGGGGUUAACGGCGGGCAGGAGGUCGUGUGUGGGUGGAGUAGUAGUAAUGGGGCUUCAGCGUCGUCUUUGUACAGAGGGUUUUCCGAUUUUCUUAGCGGAAAUCGGAAUAAUGUAAUGUGCGAUAAUAGUAAAGGGAUCGGGAAUUGUGAGUUGCCGGGGGUGAAGGAGAGGGGGAAUGUGAGCGGCGAAUCCGUUCUUGAAGCGGUUAAUCUUGCUGUGAAUGGACGGCCUUUCGAGGUCGUUUAUUAUCCGCUCGCUAGCACACCGGAGUUUGUGGUGAGGGUGCGUGCGGUUAGGGCUGCCAUGAGGGUACGGUGGUGCUCGGGUAUGAGGUUUAAGAUGGCUUUCGAGACCGAAGAUUCUUCUCGAAUAAGUUGGUUUAUGGGCACCAUUUCUUCGGUUCAAGUCGACGACCCUAUUCGUUGGCCUAAUUCUCCUUGGAGACUUCUUCAGGUGGCGUGGGAUGAGCCCGAUUUACUGCAAAACGUGAAGCGGGUAAGCCCGUGGUUAGUGGAGCUGGUUUCGAAUAUGCCGCCAGGUGGCAAUCUGCCGCCUUUCUCUCCACCGAGAAAGAGGCCUAGGUUUCCUCUGCCGUCGGAUUUUCUACUACCGACGUUUUUCAACAACCCACUAAGUCCCAUUAGCCCGUUGUGUUUUUUACCGGAAAAUAUUCCUACGGGCGUACAGGGAGCCAGGCAUGCUCGAUUCGAAUCUCAACCGUCGGAUCUGGUCCAUUUCAAGAAACAAAUCCAACCGUUCGAUUUCAAGCUUCUAGAUGACGACGACGAUGCUUUGUCUCGCACCAAACCGAUGUUUCGUUUGUUCGGUCAGCCGAUUCUCUCUGCGGAGCAAAUCUCGAGAAGCUACUCGGUGGAUAAUAAUACCGAGGGUUACAGUUUGUCGGACGGAAAUCAAGAAAAUACGGGGAACGUAUCUAACGGUUCUGGAUCGGGGGUCGUUCAGAAUUUUCCUCCGGAAGCUUCCGAAGAUGAAUGUAAGAAACUUGAUCUUGGCUUGGAGACAUGAUGAAGAGAUGUAUCGUAAAUUGUGGGCGGAAAAAAUCGGAAAAAAAUUAUAAAAAAAAAAAUUCGAGCAAUCUGCUAUAAUGGAGUUGGUUAACUAUAAUGAGUUUUAGGUGAAAAAUGUACAUUUGGAGGUUGUCUGAAAAAAAAUUUUAAUUAGCUUAUGUUUAGAUUAUGUGCUCUAAGCUUGGUAUUAGAGCUAAUUAAGUAUGUUUGUUCUUCGUGUUCUUGAAACCAAAGGCAAUUGGAAAUUAAUUGUUGCUAUAUUAUUGACAUUUCUUGGUAAUAUUCAUUCUGUUUUUACAGCUUCUUGAU